AUGAAUUCUAAUCUUCAACUGAUUCGUUCUCUUUUUCGAGAAAUUCGUCAUAUAGCCAGCGAGGGCAAAAUCAAGGAUAAUAUCAUGGUUCAGUACAUCUUGGAACAAGCUAGAGCUCACAAAGAAACUUCAGAAACUCUUUGCAAAGCACGUGAAGAGUUAGAAUAUCUAGCAAAGACUUACAAUUGUUAUUUAAGCUCACAACGAGCUUAUAACGAAAUUCAAACUCAAUACGCUGGUGUAGGAGAAAGAAGUAUUCGUGAAACUGCCGAUUUAGUUGGAUUCAAACUUCCUCACGAUCCAAAAUAA